ACUCUUAUUAUAACGAUCUCCGGCUCAUCAAUCAUAGCCACCUCUCAUUCGGAGUCUCUGAAUCAGCAAAUAUGCCACCAUACGACAGCGACUCGUCUGGCGGCGAAGAUGACGACUACACUGAGACGAAUGUCCUUCUUGGAUAUGCCUCCAAGGAAGCUUCAGACGAUACCAUUAGUUACCUCGGCGGAAGACCUACAUGGCUCGACCCCACUACCCCGCCUUCAGCAGCUCUUGCGAAAUGCAAAGUCUGCAACGAUCUCAUGGUCCUACUUCUACAAUUAAACGGAGACCUGCCAGAACAUUUCCCCGGCCACGAGAGACGACUAUAUGUCCUGACUUGCAGGAGGAAGACGUGCCGGCGCAAGGAAGGCAGUGUGAGAGUGUUGCGGGGUGUGAGAACAUCGGAAUCUGCGACCAAGAAGAAAGAUGUGAAAGCCGCAGAACCUAAGGCGGAGAUACAACCUGCGAAGCCUGCGGUGGAUCUUGGAGCAGCAUUGUUUGGUGGCAAUCCAUUCUCGAAUUCGAGUACAAGUUCUGCGAACCCAUUUUCGACCAAUUCUUCAAACGGCCCUGCGAAUCCCUUUUCUACUUCUAUAUCUUCAUCCUCGAGCAACCCUUUCGCAGCUCCUGGAUCAUCACAGCCAUCCAAACCUACAGAAACUCCCGCCCAGACAUCAUCACCCGCAGCUGACCUUCCCAAAUCCUUCGCCUCCGCCCUCUCCCUCAACAAUGACAACUCUAACCUCAAAUUCGGCCCUCCUCCUCCACCAGAGCCCUGGCCCCAAGAAGCCGACCUCCCACCUGCAUAUCCCCUCUACUACCUCGCCGACGCCGACUACGAAACUCUCGACAAAAUCGAAGACCUCCCCAUCCCCACCCAAACAAUGGAUAUAGAUGAGGGAGGCGGCAGCUCAAGCAACCAGAAAGAGGAUAAAGACGUAUACGAAAGCACGAUCGACAAGACGUUCCAGAAGUUCGCAGAUAGGUUAGCGCAGAACCCAGAACAGGUUAUCAGAUACGAGUUUAAGGGGCAACCAUUACUAUAUUCGAAGCAUGAUGCUGUUGGGAAGCUGUUAAGUGGUUCCAGCAACAAGGGAAACGAGAAGGUUACUACGAGUUCUGUCAAUGGGAACCAUAUUCCUAGAUGUGCGAAUUGUGGUGCGGGGAGGGUGUUUGAGGUGCAGUUGACGCCGCAUGCUAUUAUGGAGCUGGAGAGUGAGGAGAUGAGUCUGGAUGGUAUGGAGUGGGGGACGAUUAUUGUGGGGGUUUGUGAAAGGGAUUGUCAGCAGAGGGGUGUGGAUGCUGGAGUAGCGGGGUAUGUGGAGGAGUGGGCGGGGGUGCAGUGGGAGGAGCUUAAUGAGAGGAGAUAG